CCCGGGUGUCCCGUUUUUUAUUGGAUUGCCUGUAAACGAUGGGCGCAGCCGAUCAUCAGGCACCCACCAGGCCGACCAAGAUUGAAGGGCGACAGGGGUGCGGCUUCGUUCUUGUCCCUGAUCUUGCCACACGGAAGCACCACCCCGUCGAUCGGCAAUGCUGGCGACGAUCUACCGAUACCGACGGCAGCUGACGCUCUACGUGUGCGUGGGGCUAUGCAUCACCAUGGUCGUCUCGGUCCUGCUGCAUGUGCUAAUGCGGUCGGAUGAACGGACGGACCGUCGGCCAUUCGAGCCCUGGAGUCAAGGCAUCGCACCGGACCCGACAACAACGGCAACGACGACAGCACAGCUCAAGCUGCGUGGGAUCCAUCCAAACCAGGCGCAUCUAUACCUCUCACAGCAAGCGAGCGAGGACCCAGAGGUCUUGGUCUUCCGAUGCCUGGACGGCAAGCAGACGAUUCCUUACGCGGCGCUGAACGACGACUACUGCGAUUGCAACGACGGAUCGGACGAGCCAGGGACAUCCGCAUGCCUGGAUGGAAAGUUUCACUGCCGCGGCUCCGCAUCGCAAGUCAACUGGAUUCCGUCCUCGAGGGUCAAUGACGGCAUCUGCGACCCAGAGUGCUGCGACGGAUCGGACGAAUACAGCUCGGGAGCUCGGUGCCGAAACCGCUGCCGGCGUUUUGUCGACCGCCUGUAGUGAAUGCCGAGGAAGGACAGGAGUCUGAGAUCCGAAUACAUCUGCGCUGCUGUCUAUCAGAGGGUUGCGUUGUUGGAUGGCGCGGGC